GCAGCCGCGGUGUGACCGCCGGCGUUCACGUGCCGGACAUGGCGGCCGAUCCUCUUCCUCCGUCUGCAAUGGCUCGGCCGGGAACUCUGAACCUCAAUAACGAGGUUGUGAAGAUGAGAAAAGAGGUGAAGCGAGUCCGAGUGCUGGUUAUCCGGAAACUUGUAAGGAGUGUUGGCAGACUCAAGUCCAAAAAGGGCACUGAAGACGCACUCUUGAAAAACCAAAGACGAGCCCAAAGGUUGCUUGAAGAAAUCCACGCCAUGAAGGAAUUGAAACCUGAUGUCAUAACUAAAUCCGCUCUUGAUGAUGAUAUCAACUUUGAAAAAACUUGCAAAAAGCCAAAUUCAACCGCAACUGAAAGAGCAAUUGCCAGGUUAGCAGGUCACCCUCUUCUGAAGAAAAAAAUAGAUGUGCUAAAAGCUGCUGUGCAAGCCUUCAAAGAUGCAAGGCAGAAUGCUCCUGAGGCUGAGUCAUCAAAGGAUACUUCAGAAGAAAGCCAGUGUAAGGAUACUCUGGGUUCAAAAGAUGAUGCAAGGCAGUUACAGCAUCAUGAGAGAACUGUUGUCAGUGAGCAAAGAGAAAAAGAUGCCAAAACAGCAGCAAAGAAAGCAGUCAGUGAUUCAAAAGAAAAAGUGGCCAAGGUAGAAGAUGGACCCAAAGCAGUGGCCACUCCAUGUUCUCCUGGGAGGCCUUCAGGAGAGGAUGCUGUGGUUACCUCUGAACACCAGAAGGCACCUGCUGGCUCAAACCAGAAAGCCUCAGCCAAAAGCACAAAGAGAGGAGAGCGUGAGAGCACACUUGGCGGGGACAGUGGCAGUGAGGAGGAGUUAAGUGAGGAGGAAAAGGAGUACUUCGACGAUAGCACCGAGGAGAGGUUCUACAAACAGUCGUCCGUGUCCGAGCAGGACAGCGACAGUGCUGACGACUUCUUCAUUGGGAAAGUGAAACGGACACGAAAGAAGGAUCCUAGUUUCCGGUCCUCGGCCAAGGACCAGAAGCCCCUCCCAAAGAUGUCACCUAAAACAAAUACACUUGAAAACAGUUGGGGUGUAAGAAAUGAUAAACACAAGCUGACUCCAGAGGCCAGGAAGUUAGAAUCUGUGUUUUUUCACUCUUUGUCUGGACUUAAAAGCUCCAGAAGGGAUUCCAGAGAACAGGCCCUGAAGAAUAAAGCUCCAGAUUUUCCAGAAGAUGAACCUCCAAUCAGGAGUCAGUUUACAAAGAGUGCAGGAAGACGGUUUGAGAGUGGGAAGCAGCAUGAGCCUGCUCCUCUGCAUCCUUCAUGGGAAGCUAGCAGGAGGCGGAAAGAGCAGCAGUCCAAAAUCACUGUCUUUCAGGGGAAGAAAAUCACAUUUGAUGAUUGAUUGCUUACUGCCUUUCUGAGCUUUCUGUCAAAAGUUUUGUUAUUUUUAUUUUUUAACCUAUUAUUUAAAUAAGUCUCUUUAAAAGAGUUAUAAAAUAUAUUGCUUGUUUUUCCUUUUUUGUGUGAGUUUGGGAUAUGUUUACAUAAUUUACAGAUCUCUGAAUUUGUUUCAUAAGAGUGUUUGCCCCAAAUUAUUUCUUAUAUAAGAUAAUUUAGCAAUUACAGAAUCUUAGGUAUUUAUCAUCCAUGAUUAUGAAAUAUAUUUCACUAGUUCAACUUUGCCUUUUGCCUUGAAAAUAAGGCGAAAACAGGGCUGAAGAGAUGGUUCACUUCCUGCCUCAUGACCUGAGUUUGACCCCUGAGAUUCCCAUGGUGGAAAGACAGAACCAGCUCACAAAACUUGUUCUUUGCACGUGCACAGUGUGGCACAUGCGUGUGUAUACACAUACUCACACACAAUAAUGUCAAAAAAUGUAAAGAUACUUAAAAUAAUAGUGGAAAAAUGAAUCAUGACUACUCAAAAAUAUAUUUGUUAGAAGUUAUUUUUAUAAGCAAAACAUGGUAAUUUUCAUUGUAGAUAUAGUGAUAAUAUAAAUUAAAUACUAAUUUUUCAUACUUGUAGUUACUUAUGAUCUUAUCUGUGUAGCAUUUAAGCAAGUUGUAUAUGUAUAGUAACCAAAAAUUGAGUUCUGUAUACCUCUGCAGUAAGUAUUUCCGUUAAAUGAAGAAUAAUCAUUGGUUAUCUAGAA